AUGGCACAGAACAUCCUUUUCGCAGCCGCUAUCUUCCUCAGGGUGCCCUCCGUAGUACGCAGUUCGAGGAGAUACGAGUAUACCAAGGUCUUUCUCACAGGCAGCAUUCCUGAUCAAGAAACCACCAAUGUGAUAGGCGCCAAAUGGGUCAGAAGAGCCGAUCGGCAGGACAGAGCACUUCUUCUCACUGAUUUGAUGGGUAGACGCACAUUUCCGAAGACCAGCUAUGAAAGCAGG